AUGGUUCAUUCCCUUGAUGAUUCUGAGGACUUUAAACUUGCUACAGCGCCGGGCGAGGAUGCUGUAGACGGAGGUUCGAGGUCGUUGGUCAAAAGAAGAGGCAGUGGUCGAAGAGCAAUGUCAGAGAGGUUCAAAUAUCGUAACACCCUGAACAUAUGCAGGCUGAAAAAAACGCCAAAGUAUUGGAAUCACCACGAACACUUUAACAACCUGACCAAGGAUAUUAACCAGGCGCUUAACACACUAAACCCAGACCACUACGAAGAUAUCAACAAGGACCUGAAGGAGGUAUCAGGAGAGUUGACCGACGAGACGGACGUACCAAUCGAUCAGAAUGACAUCGAAAUGAGCUAUGAUACAAUAGACCAUAAUGCAGUAAAACCAAGAGCGUAUUCAAGUUCCGCAGACACAGUAAACAAAAGCGCAGCGAGCGAAUUAAACGAAGCAAAAAGUGACUUAAUAAAUGCAGUUAAUCAAACAUCGCCAGUGAGUAGUGCCGGAGGAGGCACGAGACUGGUGAAAAAGGAUAUCACGAGGCUGGGAAAGCUCGAGCUGAUGGAGAACAUAGAAAAUUAUGUUCAAGUCAACUUCUCGAACUACCGCCAGUUCUACGAAAAGGUGGGCCCGAUCAGACUGAACGGGCCGCUGGCGGAGGGGCUCAAGAGCAACCACGUGGACAUAAGUCUGUGGGACGACCCGGCGACGCAGCUGAUAUCACAGAACUCCUCCAAGAGAAAGGUGUACAACAUAUACUGGAUCCCUAAAAUCUUCUCGAACAUUUCCCUGAGGGCCGCGAUUAAGUUCGUGGAGGACUGCAACGUCAGAGACGGGAGGAGCAUCAAGAGGGAGAUCGAGUGCCACCUGUACAUGUACCAGCGCUUCCAGGCAAUAUUUAAGAGCAACAACGCGUCUUCGCUGAUACUGCAAGACGACUGGCCGACCGUGGAAGUGCUAGGCUACUACCUGGACAAAAAGGACCCCGGAAAGUCAGUACUAAUAUCGCGAAAAUUGACAGGCCCGGAUUUCUUUUACAUCAUACGAUCGGAGAACAACAGCAGCUUUGUGAAGAGGAUAACGCCGAUUUACGAGUUUAACAAGUUGGACUGGUGUAUCACGGCACUGAACAGAAUAUCACAGUUCGGGUCAGUAGGGAUACGCCACAACGACAUAAAGCCAGACAACAUAGUGCUGGACGUGUAUUUCGACCAGGGCGUGAAGAAGGUGGACGUGAAGAUCAUAGACCUGGGAGCGGCGAGCAUGGAGUACACGAAGGAGUUCACGGGAGGGACGCCCUGGUACGAGUCGCCGGAGCAGAAGCUGCUCGAGUACUACACGAAAAAGAACAGGAACUGCGAAAUGGCGAGGAAAGUCAACAUCGACAUAAGCAGCGACGCCUGGGGAGCAGGACUCUCGAUCGUGGAGGUGCUGAUGGGCAGGCGAGUGGUGGACUACAUCAAGCAGCCGUACGGCAUCGGCCUGCUCAACUUCACAGGAAUACCGCCCUACGGAAAGAGCAGCGUGACCUCCCCGAACCUCGAAGACUACCUCUGGUGGAACAGAGAAGAGUACUGGGAAAUCAAUCCAGAGGCGUGGGUGCACGAGGCAAAGAAGGUGCUCGGCCUGACGUGUGAGAACUGCGCAAUGGUGGACCCGGAGACCAUGAGCUACAAGGACAACUACCCUGAGGACCUGGAGUACACAGACAAGGUCGAGUACACGAACUACUCGGACGCCAUGGAGAACAGCUACAUGGAGGGGGGCAGUUACGUUGAAAGCGUGGACAACGAGUUCGAGGACUUCUACACCUGCAGCGUCUGCAGCUACAGGUACAACGAAACGGUCAAGGAGAACAUCUGCAAAAUCGUGGCCAGAUACGUCUUCAACAGCCUAAUAGUGGUGGACCCGAGAAAGAGGAGGAACGUACAGGAGGUGGCCAACCACCUCAGGUCGUUCGUGACACAGGCAAUAUCAUACUACUUGUAA